CACAUUAAAAGGGGUCAUACAUGUUCAGGAAAAACAUUGAUAAUUUAUAGGUCACUUCUGCUUCCGUGACAAAGCAGUUACAGUACAACAACUUGGGGGGGACUCGCACUUUUAUGGUACUGUGAACAUUUUUUUGCAAUUUCUGCAAAUAACAUUAUUAGUUGGAUUUUUGAAGAUUUCUUGUCACUAGAGUGGAAAGCAAAACAAAACGUUCAUUUUACUUCUUUUUCUUUCGGCUUGUCCCGUUAGGGAUCGCCACAGCGUUCAUCCAUUCAUCCAUCCAGUUUCUUUUGGCGCCUUAUCCUCACAAGGGGCGCGGGGAGCGCCGCAGCCUAUCCCAGCCGCCAACGGGCAUGUUCCUGACCAUGGUUUAGCUUCAUUUAUUUUACUUAAUACCUACAAAUAGCAAAAUCUGAAAAUAUUCAUUUUGCUGUGGUCUUUUUUUUUUUCUUCAACAGCCACACAUCAUAGUUAUAAAUUUUUGUUUAAAAAAAAAAAAGGGAUGUAGUAAGAAUAACCCAAAUACAACGUUGCCAGACAAUGACAGACCAGAAAAAAAUCAAUCUGGAGUUGCGUCGAGUGCUGACGUCACAGCUACGCAACAGCCUAAAAAAAAAAAAAUGUAAAAAAGGCUUUUGAGCGCCUGGUGAAAUUUUCCAUGAUGGUCUUUAGAGGGCGUGAUCGGACCAGCUGUCAACAAGUGCUGCGGCUGUUGUUGACGCGCCGCGCAACUCAGCAGCGCGGUCGAAGCUGAUCCAUAUCGGCUGUGUCAAAGUUGCAAUGUUUCAAAUGAAAUUCAUAAUGAUAGGAAGAGUGAAAAGCGUGGAGUUGAGGGUGAGGGUUUUAAAAGUGCGAACGUCACGUUACGUCACACACCUGCCCAGCUAAGCCCCGCCCCUCGGCCGCAAUAAAACUUGCCCCGUGACAGGAAGACCUGCCAAUCCCUGCCGAACCCUCAGCGAGCAGCGACCGGCGGCGCGUACGCACCGGGGCCACGCAGGACUUUCUUCGAGGCAAAACACCACAAGAAAGCCCCCACAAGACAAGAACAACAACAAAAACCCGACAUUGCGACACUCGCCGAAAGCGACGCGGGCGCCCCCUCAGCCCUCCAUGCUCGUGCAACCGGGCGGGUGUUAAGAUCCAUGGAAGUGGCCGGUUUCUACGACGAGGGCGGCUUUGCUAUCCACGCGAGAGACGGCGGCUCGUACUGGCGGCUCGGCGACUCCAUGACGGAGUUGGGCAUCGAGGAGCGGGAGAGAGCGAUCGACUUCAGCGUCUACCUGGAUCCGACGGCGGCGGCCGUGCACUGCCCGCAGCUGGCGCCGCACUCGCACCCUCAGCAGGGCGACGUCUUCUCCGACUUCCUGGCCGAGAAUAAACUGAAGAGGGCGGCCAACUUCAAGAACUACACGCUGCUCAACGAACUGGAGGCGGUUCAGCGAGACGGGCCGCGGGACCCCCGGGGGCCGCCGUCCUACGGCUACACGGACCUCCAGGAGACGCGCGUGGACAGCGUGCUCGCCUCGGAGCUGGUGCGCUACCGAGCCGCCAGAGACGACUGCAACCACGAGGACGUGAAGGCGGACAACGGCUCGCCCGCCGCCGCCUUCGACAUGCGCCCCUACCUGCAGUACCAGUCGACCGGCGGCAGCGCGGGCAACGUCUCCACGGCGUCGUCCACUUGCUCCAGCCCGCCCGGGACCCCCGCGCCGGCGGCCCACAGCAGGUCCCCGAGGUCCCCGUCGCACGGCUCCAAGCUCUCCAGCGGCAAGGCGAAGAAGCGCCUGGACAAGGACAGCGAGGAGUACCGGCAGAGGCGCGAGAGGAACAACCUGGCGGUGCGCAAGAGCCGCGACAAAGCCAAAAUGCGCAACUUGGAGACGCAGCACAAAGUCUUGGAACUGGCGGCGGAGAACGACCGUUUACAGAAGCGGGUGGAGCAGCUGUCCAGGGAGCUGGCCACCCUGCGCAACCUGCUCUCGGCCACCGGCCAGUGCUAGGCUGCCCCGCCCUGACCCAAAACCCGACCCAUCCGCGGACUCUCAGACGUUGUUCGGAUGUCGGAUGGGUGCACGUGGGCCUGCACGGUGGUACGGCAACCGGUUUACGAGGACCCUUUGCGAUGAAACUGAAGAAGUGGCUUGCGCGGAUUGCGCAAUCACGCAGCAUUCUUUUUGUGCGUCGCGUGCGUGCGUGCGUGCGUGCGUGUGUGUGUUUUUUGUUUGGGUUUUUUUUGUUUUGUUUUUUUGGGGGGGGACACCUUAGCUUUCUUCUCGUCUCAUCGUGGAUGCAGUAUUUGUGUGCGGGUUCGAUAAAAAAAAAAAAAAAAAAAAAAACGCGCGUGGAUGUCGACGUGAACGCUCCGAAGUGGAGCAGCGGCUGCUUGUCAAAACGAAGAGUUGCGCUGCAGUGAAAUGAUGCAACUCUUUGUAAUAGUACGGGCAAUGGAUGAAAUAAGUGGAAUUAUUUAAUAUCGACGAGGUGACAUGCAUUAAAUGUACUUGAUAUUUUGUGGAAUUAAAACCAUUUUUACUUUGGUCUAAACGAUUUCACUGCCACGUCUUUAUUUUUUGGGGGAGAAGAUCGGGCGGACUCGAACCCUGAUGGGGGGGGGGGGACCGUGUCUGGCAGCCUUUUCAAAAGUGGGGGAGAAUACAAGCAGCAUUUUCUAAUUCCUAAAAAAAAAAAAAACCCCAACAACAACAACUUACAGCUGUCUUGAUAAAUGACAUAACAGUAGGCCCAAGUGCUACAAUGUCGUGCUUUCUUAUGAUUUAUGAUGCCAACAAUAAAUUUGCAUACAAGGAGCUGAAUAAAGAGCUUGUGUAACGUUUUCGUGGCCCGCCGCCAUCUCUCUUCCAAGAUUUUCAUGCGUUCUCCAAGCUGCUGUUGACAUAUUGAUUUGACACAAAAUGUCCUCAAAUCUUUGCAGGUUACGUUUUUUUGCUGAGGGCAGCACAUUUAAAAAAAAAAAAAAAACGGCUGGAACAGAAAUGUUCGCUUUAUCUGCGGCACGCGGCUCUGUCAAUAGUCUGCCGGGUCCACUGGCCUGCUGGAGGGGGGUUCAAGGUUGCUGGCAAAUUAAUCAGCAACUAACCCUCCUCACACCGGCUCGGGUCACGCUUCAGACCGCCGACAAGCCGCAAGCCUUA